GGUACUUCUAGGUGCUUGAAUGAACAUCUCCGAACUCGAUAGCAAACUUCUUGGUAUUAGAUGCACAAAGUAACAGAACAAGUCAGAGCUACAACUAUGACGUCGUUUCUUCGGGAGACCGCGAGAUCUCUCUUUGCCGCACCUGCAUAAGUUGACUGGAUCCACGCUCCUUUCGUUCUUGUUGGUGGAACACUUCUUCUUCUUCACAAGUCAAAACGUGGCGUCGUCCAGAAAAGUCAAAACUGGCAAAAGGAGCAACCCCCAUUUUUCCGCCACCAUAAGCAUAAGCCCCUCGGCGCAGCUGUACAAUCGACAUGUCGCUGCACAAUCGACAUAAGUGGAUGGCAGAGAAUGCCGCUUGUGCGGUGUUGACUUCUGUCAAGAACAAGGAAGAAGCAAUCCGCAAGGUGGAAGACGCCUUCAGAGAUCCGCAAAACUGGAAAAAGCUAACGGAAUUCCUCGAGGGAAAGAGCAAGAGACAACAUCUUUUUGUUAUGAAACACGUUAUAGUAAUAGAAAUAGAUCACAUGUUGUCGAACUCUCUCGAGAGAGAGAGGAUCACGAGUCGUAGUAUUCAUCUUCUACAUCAGCAAUUGUUUUCCUACAUGACGGACGCACUUGGUACUCUUACUAUGCUGACUUCACUUUCAAGUUGGUAACCGAUAUCACGUUUGACGUUGAUAUCCCUUUAGAAUGUUCUCUAGCUUCUAAGUCUCUCUACUACCAAAAGCCAGACGUCCUCAAUGACGCUGGGGAAUACGUGGAUGGUCCUGGGGAAGCAAGAAUCGUGCUCAGCAAUGGAGAGAGUACUUUUUGUUUCUUAGAGAUUCUAAACUACAUCUAAGAGAUUUGCGACUGAUUUGCAUCCUCUUAAGAGGCUUACGCUUCCUCAGUCAACCUAAUGGUCACUCCAGGAACUGUUUUGUCUUGCCGAAGGUAUAGAACGACCUUUUGAGACAUAAUGAUGAUGAUCGUCUAGACGCAACAUUCUUAUUGCACAUUGAUCCACUUUUCUUUGACAAGAACACUGUUUUCGUCAUCUCGUCAACAAGGACUUCUCACUCACUCACUCACUCACUCAUCUCUCCCAAAAUCCCCCUUCCAUCAGCCGAGCGUCUGAAGUCUCGUGGAUGCUACUUCUUGCGUACACAACCCGCAGAGAAACCAGUGAAGGUAGACGUCUCAACAGAUGGCGACUUACUCUUCGGUGAGAUCGCCCAACAGCCUUUGGAGUCGUUGGAUACGUCUUUGCGCGCAAUAUUCUUGCCAGCAGUGAAGCGAUGUCUGGAGCAGCCAGAAGCAGGGUCAAAACAAGUGUUCGGAAACUGUGACGCAGAACAUCGUUUGGAGUUCUGUACUGGAUUCGGCAAAUUCACUUUAUGAGUCUAGAAAAUGCAUCUCCAAAGUCAUUUCCUGGACAAAGAAAAUAAGAAGGAAAAGGGACUACCUAGCUGAUCUCUCUGGUACCCAGAUGGGAUCCAGAUGAUCUGUGAGAUGCAAAUGCAAUCCCGGCGCCUCUAAUCACUGCAGAACUAACUGAUGCAAUCAAGUCACUGUCUGGCGGUAUCGAAUUGAAAAAAUUGGAUUCCGAGUUCCAGAUCGAUCCGAGAGUGACGUUAUGGCAAGAUAAAGAAAAGUCACUAAAUAUGUUGAUGUCAACGAUGACGUUGUUCACGUUGUUGGCGAUCUAUCAUAUCGAUGUGCAUAGUCAGACUUUUUGAUUUUUGUUUUUUUCAACAUUACAUGCAUCUACUUAGCUGGGGGACUCUAACAACCACCUACCACGACAUCGUGAAGGAGCAUCCGGAAAUAGUGACACACUUUGAGCAGCUGUUAGAGGAAUGGUGCCGUCAGAUCGAGAGGUAUCUUGUCACUUCUGUUGUAAAGUUUACGUUGAUGAUAACCUUAAGGUCCAUCAGUUCGUAGAUAACCAAGCAACUAUUUGGUUGAUUAGUUGUAAACAACUGUUUCCCUCCAUUUCCUUUCAAACAAGGUACCUGGAAGAAACCCUUGAAGCUACUGAUGGUGCUCUCCUCGGCAGCGGUCAAAAAGUCGACCAUGCAGGCGACGGUCUCGGUCCUCGCAGCGAGGUCGAAUAUUGGCGGUUCCGCAUGCAGAAAAUCACCUCUAUCACCGAACAUUUGAAAUCUAGGGAGUGCAAGAACGUAUUUGGCGUUUUGCAUGCUGUCACACGGAUGAAUGCGGAGAGCAAAGCUAGGCAACCGGUUUUUAACACGUUGAGAAGAUGGAAGGCGAUCGAUAUCCAAAUCACCGAAGCGUUCAAUGAAGCAAAAGACAACGUCAAAUACCUGACCACGCUGGAAAAAUUUAUCGAGCCGUUGUACACAGGUAUUUCAUAUUCAUCGAGCCAUUGUACACAGGUAUAAAUUGAGAAUUAUGUUACAUUGAUGAUGCAUCACCUGAGACUCAUUCCUAAUCAUCUCACGAACUUCUAGCUACGUUUUGUAAUGCUGUUCCUUGGUACUGAUUCUCAACCACCUUGCACCGAACUUUCCUCCAACAUUCAUACCCCCCCAUCUUCCAGGCACCCCCAGCAGCAUCAUCGAUUCUCUUCCGGCUUUGAUGAACGCGUGCAAGAUGAUCCACACUAUUGCGCGUUACUACAACACCACGGAACGCAUGACCAACUUGCUCACCAAGGUAACUAACCAAAUUUAGGGGUGAAGAACGGAUUGCAUCAUCUCCAAAUAUCUCAUCUGAGAGAGAAAGAGAGAGAAAAUAUUAAAUCAAGAGGAAGCAGGCACGCUCUGAGUUCACCUCGCUCUGGGAGAGAAGAAAACAAGAAGAAGAAAGCACUCACUCUCUCAGAUGACCACUUUCUCUAGGAAUAUGCAAAUUGUCCUACUACUACCCCUCUAACAAACGAUCAUCAACUGCAAAAACUGCAUUCUUGGUGUCUCAAACGCGGAUGAAGGCACGCCUGUUGGACCGGAAGUAUUGUGGGAACAAGACCCGAUUCAGCUGAUCCGGAACUUGGAAACCUGCCUGAAAAUGGAAAUUUCCUACAUGGAGGAGUUUCGUAGGGUGAAGGACAAACUGGCGACGUUGCCGAAGUUAAGAAACUGAAAGUGUGAUCGUAAUGUGUUGUUACCUUCUAGUUCGUUGAUCAUACGAAGAAUCUUCUAACAAAUUGCGUUAUAUUGAGGUUUUCUGAAUUACAUCCCUCACUACCAUCCUUGGCUCCUUUUCAAGAAGAAGAUAGGUCAAGGAUGUUCUGAAGAAUGCAAUUCAUCGGCAACCUCUAAUUAUAAUUGUUUGAAGAUAUUGCUGGUGGAAACUACCAUUUGAAUUUUAUUAUCAUGGAUUUUUGUUGACUAUUCACUUCUACUCUUCUAAUUUGCGGCAAGCAAUUCGACUUUUCCGAGACCCUGAUCUUCGGUCGACUGCAGCUCUUCUGCCGGCGUGUGGUGAAACUGAUCGACAUGUUCUCGACGAUCUAUCAAUUCCAGUCCCUUGGUUCCUACAGAUUCGAUGGUAUGGAGAUGCUAGUGGAGAAUUUCCGCAUGAUCAUGGACGAAUUCAAGAACAAAAACCACAACCUUUUGGACUUCCACAACAACAAGUUUGACCGCGAUUACGUCGAAUUCAACGUCCGCAUUGCAGAUUUGGAAGCAGCUCUGCAGCAAUUCAUCAACGCAUCCUUCGAGAGCAUUUCUUCUAUCACCACAAGUCUCAACCUCUUGAAGAAGUUCCAGAGCAUUUUGCAACGCGACACGUUGAAGGCGGAUUUGGACUCGAAAUUCACGGUCAUUUUCCACAACUACGGAUUAGAAUUGACGCAGGUGCAAGAUACGUACGAGAAGCACAAAGCGGCGCCGCCGUUAGUGCGGAACUUGCCGCCAGUGGCGGGAAACAUCACGUGGUCACGCCAUCUGCUAA